AUGGCGAAGAAACCUUGUAUGGGUCGCCAAAAGAUUGCAAUCUCAAAAAUACCGAAGAAAAAUAAUCUGCAGGUCACCUUCUCUAAACGUCGCGCUGGGGUCUUCAAAAAGGCUAGUGAGCUCAGCACACUUUGCGGCGUUGAGAUUGCUAUAAUAGUCUUCUCCCCAGCCAACAAAGUCUUCUCUUUCGGCCACCCUAAUGUUGAUUCCAUUGUUGAUCGCUUUCUUGCUCGAAAUCCACCGUCCAAUUCAGGCGUUCAGUACCAACUCAUCGAAGCUCAUCGAAACGCUAAUAUCCGUGAGCUCAACGUGCAACUGACACAAGUUCUUAAUCAACAAGAAGUUGAGAAGAAGAGGGGAGAAUUUCUUAAUGACAUUAGGAAAGCAAGCCGGAAAUUUUGUUGGUGGGAAGCUCCUAUCGAUGAACUCGAGUUGCAUCAGCUCGAACAAUUGAGAACAGCGAUGGAAGAGCUGAAGAAGAAUGUUGCAAAUGAAGCUAAGAGGAUUUUGGUUGAGUCCAACAAUCCUUCUCCGUUUGAUGCAGUUAAUAAUUAUAAUAUCGAACACGAUUGCAAGCCUAAAGAUAUUAGUGUUGCUUCAAGUAGUCUUCCUGCCUGGAAAUGGCCAUAA